CACAUGGCGCCCCGUGGCCCCAGCUUCCUCCAUGCUCUCACCAGCUCUGAGAACCAAACCCAGAAGUGGCUGGAGAAGGAAACGAGAGGUGUCCAGAAGAGCAGAAGAGGGGACAGACGAGCUGACCUUCUGCGACUGGGCUCCAGCCUCAGACCCUGCUGCCAAAGGGACUUCCAUGCUGGUGAGAUGACCCAGAGGGCUGGGGCUGCCCUGCUGCCAUCAGCUCUGCUCCUUCUCUGUGUCCCAGGCUGUCUGACUGUGAGUGGCCCCAGCACCGUGAUGGGCACCGUGGGGGAGUCCCUGAGUGUUCAGUGUCAGUAUGAAGAGAAAUACAAGAUGUUUAACAAAUACUGGUGCAGACAACCAUGCUUGCCAAUUUGGCAUGAAAUGGUGGAGACCAGAGGGUCCGAGGGAGUGGUGAGGAGUGACCGAGUGGCCAUCACGGACCAUCCUGGGGACCUCACCUUCACCGUGACCUUGGAGAACCUCACGGCAGACGAUGCAGGAAAAUACCGAUGUGGGAUUGCAACAAUACUGCAGGAAGAUGGCCUGUCUGGCCUCCUGCCCGAUCCCUUCUUCCAGGUUCAAGUGCUGGUCUCCUCGGCCUCCAGUACUGAGAGCUCUGUGAAGACACCUGGAUCUCCCACCAGGCCCAGCCAAUGCCAAGGGUCCCUGCCCAGCUGCGCCUACUUCCUGCUUCUCCCACUCCUGAAGGUGCCUCUGCUCCUGAGCAUACUCGGUACUAUCCUCUGGGUGAACAGGCCUUGGAGGACUCCUUGGACAGAGUCCAUGAACAGGAGAUCUUGCCACACCCCACGCCCACUAGAACCCUGUCCAGAGACACAGCCCCUCUGACUGCAAAAAGGACUUCUGACCCUGACCCUAUCGCCGGGUACUUUUUAAAAGUUAAAAAAAAAAAAAACGUAGGCCGGGUGUGGUGGCUUACACCUGUAAUCCCGGCACUUUGGGAGGACACUUAACAUGAGAUCGACGUGAUCUCUUAACAAAUUUUAAGUGCACAAUACAGCGUUGUUGAUUACAGGGAUGGUGUUGUACAGGAGAUCUCCAAAAGUUAUCCAUCGGUGCUUCUGAAACCUUAUGACCAUUGGCUUAAGAGGUCACUUAGGGUUUCUUCAGAGACUUUUGAAUAAUUCUACUCUAAUUGGAUUGCUUCUCAGCUUCUGGGUCCCUCCUAUCCCAAAUAUCUUGAUCCUGGCCACCACACCAAUGAGGUCUAGUUCCAUUGUUUCCUGAUGACCUCUCCAGGCUGAGUCCUAUAACCUGGUCUAUACCCCAGCCCCAUUCUGGUCAUUAGCCAGAGCUAUCUGAGUAGGGAUCACCACAUUGCCCUUGGAGCCAACCAGAUGUGGAUGCAGACAUUCAAGGGGCCAGGAACCAGGGCCCAAGGUGCAACCUGGGUCUGCAGCCCUGUGGGGAGUUCUGAGCAGAGCAAGUUUCAUCCCUAAAGACAAGUGCCCAGGGCAGGGGGUGGAACCAGGCAGGAGAAAGGAGGACACAUUGGAUCCUGGUCCAUGGCUUCUGCUCUGUUGAGAAGCAACACACACAGUGCACGUUGAACUUCUUAGUUUUGGGAGAGAAAGAGACACCCAGUGUCCCUACUGAACAUGUUCACCUAGACUGGAACUUGGUUUGGUGACAAUCUUCAAUGCUUCUUACUAUCUGUGAACAAGGGAAGCAGCUCUUUGAAGCACUAACUAUAAUCAGUGCCAGGAAAGGUCUGAGGGAAGGCAGCUAUGGGGAUAAGAAACAAGGAGAAAGGGGUGCAGGGGCAGGAAGUGGAUGGAAUCCCUGGGUCUAUCGUGCAGGGUGGGGAAGCUCCCUGGAGUUGUUUGGCCCUGGCUUAGCAUCUCCUGACAUGAUGGGCUUAGGAUCACUUUCCCCUGGAAAAGGCAGGGAGGUAGGACCAGAGACUACUUCAUGUCUCUCUUGGAUGUGCCACAGUUUCCCAGCCUUGCCAUGCACAGACUUGGUCUAUUGACUUUCCCCCACAUCUUUGUCUCUGUCCCACAAGUCUGUUCUUUUUCCACACUUUCUUUCCAUGAUAGUUGCUGCAACCCAAGUCCUUUAAUCUCUUAUUCCUCUCUCCUUUAUCUCUCGUCAGUCCUUAUAUAAAUCUCUCCAGUCUUCCCAUUCCCUCACUUGCCCUGAUGCCACCAUAGUCCUCUAUCCACUCAAUACUACGGUGACUUCCCACUUUCUUCCCAAUCCCUCUUGCCACCUUUUCUCUUUCUUCUACAUAAUGCAACAAGAGAGCACCUUGACAUGGGUCUGCAGUAGUCAUGUCACCUCUUGUUCCAUGUUCUUCAAAUGAAACACACUGUAUUAGGCUGUUCUCACGCUGCUGAUAAAGACAUACCUGAG